CGCUCCUCGAUCCCCAACAGGCAACAGCCCAGCCGCUGUCGCCCUCGUUCCGUAGUACGGCGCCGCCAGAUCGUCAGUCACCAUGAUCAUCUCCAAGAAGAACCGCCGCGAGAUCUGCAAAUACCUCUUCCAUGAGGGGGUCUUGUACGCCAAGAAGGACUACAACCUGGCCAAGCACCCCAAGCUUGAUGUGCCCAACUUGGAGGUGAUUAAGCUCAUGCAGAGCUUCAAGUCGAAGGAGUAUGUGAGGGAAACCUUCUCAUGGCAGUACUACUACUGGUACCUCACCAACGAUGGCAUUGAGCACCUCCGCAGCUUCCUCAACCUGCCAUCAGAGGUUGUGCCUAAUACCCUCAAGAAGUCUUCCAAGCCCCCGUCUCGCCCCUUCGGCUCUGGCCCACCUGGUGACCGCCCCAGGGGCCCUCCUCGUUAUGAAGGUGACAGGCCUAGGUUUGGUGAUAGGGAUGGUUACAGAGGAGGUCCACGUGGCGCUCCAGGUGACUUUGGUGGUGAUAAGGGUGGUGCUCCUGCAGAUUUCCAACCAUCUUUUAGGGGUAGCAGACCUGGCUUUGGCCGCGGUGGCGGCGGUGCUUUCGGUGCUGGUGGAUCUUCCAUGGAGUGAUGUGUCAACAUGAGCUAGCAUAACAUUCGUCUUUGAACUAUGAGAACAAUGAGAUUUUGUUUUGUUUUACCGAGCUGUUGCCGUGGGUUGACAUGGUUUUGUGAUCGUUUUUGUUUAGAUGAAAUUAUUGAAAUCAAGCAGCGAGUUAUCAGUC